AUGGGACAGAAAAAGUCAGCUGAGAGCAGAGCUCACCUCCAGGGGCGAAGGAUAGAAGAGGAAGAACACGGCAGGAACCCUUCCAACCAGGAUCAGAAAUAUGUUCUUUUUGAAGCUGAGCUGCAGCCGCCUCGACUUACCCGCGGAGACCGGGGAGGGAGUGGGAGCGCCGCCUUCACGCCCGCGGAGGAGGCGCCGGCAGCACCAUGGUCCCCGGUGCCGCUGCCGCUGCCCCUGGCCCGCUUGCUCGCCACACGCUCUCUUCCUCUUGCAAACUUUCGGGUUCUGCGGUCGACAAGAAACCGGGGUGACCGUCAGCAAGUCUUCUCGGUGCAGGGCACGAAUGGAGCGUCGGGAGCUCGGGAAGAAGGCGGCGCGCAGACGAGGAACAGAGAGCCAUCGGCUGCCGGGACAGCGCCAAAGGGACGCGGCGACUUGCGCACGUCUCAGGACAUAUCGAGGCUUGGGAAAUCCCCUCCACCCCCGUUCUUAAGAGGGGAGUACACCCAGAAAGUGCAUGUGAUGGCGUGGAGAGGAAUCCGCGCGCGGCGACGACCCGCAGCGCACCCUGCUCCCACUCUCACUCGCGGAGCUGGCCACGGCAGUCGCGGAUCCCUGGCAGGGAGGCUGAGUUCGCUGGGCCGAGCGCGUGAGGGGUACGUGUCUAGCUGAGGGUGUGCGGGUAUGUGUUUGAGUUUUCUGGGCUCUGGGGUGCGAUAGAGUGUCCCCGCCAUCGAGGUCGGGGCGCGGCGUGCGUAGCACUAGAGACGUCCCCAGCCGCGGGGCCUAGGGCGCGGACAUCCCCAGUCAUUCUGCUGAGGCCCACGGAGCAGCCCCUGGGCACAGAGGGGACAAACACUAGCAGUUGAGCGAAGGGAAAAAGUUUGCUCCAAGUGCAAACUUUGGGCUCGAGAAGCACCCAGCAGCGCGCCCCCCUCCCGCCGUGGACCUGACCCCGGGCCCUGCGCCCUCCCGGCAGCUACUCGGAAGGCACCCCAACAACGGACACUGAAAGUUACACCAGGCCGCCUGGGCUUAUCGAUUUCUCUCCCCACGGCGAGUGCAGAACAACGCGUGAAGGGGCCAAGGGGAAGGCGAGAUUGCCUCCUCGCCGCUGCCUUCGCCGCCCCACCCCCCAUUUGACUUAUGGAAAUGCACCCAAGAGAGCGGUGCCCCUGGAAACCCCUCCACCCCCAGGCGACUCACAGCCCCCACCCACCCCAGAGCCUGGCCCUGACCCUGGGAAGAGAGAGGCUGCCUCUGGGGAGGGCUGGGGGAGAUGCACGUGGAGCCGUGGAGCCGGGAGAUGGAAAGUAGAUAUUUUCUUUUCUUUUCUUUCUUUCUUCUUUUUUUUUUUUUUGGUUGUUGUUUUUGUUGUUUAAAGUGGUCGGAAACAAGGCAGGAGGCGGCUUGGGAAAAAGUGGAGCAGAAAUGGAAAAAUACAAACUCACCCGCUGCAAAUGGUCUCUCGGUGCAAACUAAGGUGUUUUCGGGCCUUUCCCCGAGCGCGCCCACUCCCGCCCGCGCGCGCACCCCCGCAAACACACUCACUUGGUCACACACACGCGCGCGCGCGCGCACAUGUACACACACACACACAGACACACACACACACACACGCACUCCCGGGCGAGGGCCGGGCCGCGCGAGUACAGCAUGAAACCGCCACACAAUAAAUAACAAUAGAUUCCUCCGCUCCGGACUAGCUUCCCGGAGCCCAGCUAGCGCCAGUGGUGGCGGCGGCCGCAGAGGCGCGGACGGCGUCGGGCCGGGGCUUUCCCCAGCCUGCUCCCACCCCUGACAUCCAGCCUGGGCCCCUUCUCCACCUCACGCGCCCACAAACCACCCCCGGGCUUGAGCCUGCUCACCCUCCUUCCCCAAGCCACUUAGGUGCUGGUGCCCGCCCCCACCCC